AUAACCCGAUUUGAAAUUUGCAAAUAUUUUUGACUUUUCAGUUUUCGUAAAGUAGCGUAUUUUGUUCCUUCUUGAUUCACAUUUUGUUUAUCAUAUAAUAGUGCGAUUUUCCGGAACGGGAAUUCUGCGCCAUGGCUAAACAUGAGGAUGAGCCACAAGAAGAGGAGGGAUUUGUGGAUCCGCAAGCUAAGCUGAGGGAAAAAUGCUCGGCCAAGCCCGACUGCGCUAAACUGUCUCAAAGGCUGGAAGAAUGCAACGAAAGGGUGCGAGGGCGCAUAAAAACCAGUGAAACCUGCCAUGAAGAAGUCGUUGACUUGUUUCAUUGUGUGGAUCAUUGCGUUGCCAAAGAUUUGUUCCACCAUUUGAAAUAAUCGCAUUUCGGAUUGGAUGGAGUCGUACCAGUGGUACCACUAACUGACUAACAUUACUAUUAUCAUUUGGAUUUUUGCGUAUAUUUUGCUGUUGUGUGUUCUGCGGAUAAUAAUGCUGGAUUUGUCAGUUGUUUGAAUAUGACGCGUGUACUUGUACAACGGCGCGAAACAUCUUGUUUAAAACUUUAUGGUUAGUGUUGAUAAAAUCCAGAAAUCUUUACUGUACAGUACCAUAAUAUUGCGCAACUCUGUACA